UGGUGUUUGCUCCAAAACUAUGAAUAUGGUUAUUUUUCAAGAAUUUUUCUAUGUCAAAAUUCAACCAUUUAUCAAGUUCUGGUGUAUAAACCACAAAAUGGAUGAAAAAUUUUACGUUUUUUCUACGCCAUAUUGGAAGCUACCGUGGAGUGAACCGAAAGUGUUUCGGAUUUAAUUUGUUCGCACAAGGCUGGAGAGAUUCUUAAGGUAAUUAUUUUAUCAUUAUGAAUUCCCAAUUAAAAACUAAAUCAAUCAACAACAAAAAUUAAUUGCAGUGCACCAAUUGGACGAAUCUGUGGCAGUCCGGUUCCAGUUCCAGCACCUAAAGCGGGGCUAUAACUUACUUCCGGAACGAGCGCACAUAUAGUGAUUCAAAAACUGGCCCUCCCGACCAUUCUCCAUAACAUUCGGUUGAAGCUGAGAUGGGUAGACAGUCCAAAAAACUCCACCCACCGGAGUGGAAUUGCGUUCAACAUAAGAGUCUGUGCUACAGUUGCUUCAUCCGGAACCUCCCAGAUGCAUUAACACAAAGCAGAAAAAAGGAACCGCCUGACGAAAUGCCGUUUUUGGAAAAACUCCCUUGUCAGCCAGUCGUCCUCGAAAUAACUAAUAGCAUCGUUGACGAAAAUGUUAUUCUCAAGAAUGAAAUCCGUCCCCAGAGCGUCUCGCGACAACUGGUCCGCAUAAUCGUUCCCCGGAAGCUCGAUAUGUCCUGGAACCCUUUGAAUUGUGGUUCGAUUACGCUGAGCCAGCUGUAAGAUCUCAUUGGCAACGGAAUUGCCCACCCAAGUAUUUUUACUCUUCUUCUGAAACAAACAUUUUUUCCAGUUAUGUGACUUAAUAUCAACAAG